GAGAGAGAGAGAAAAAAUCGCGUGGUAUUUAGACCCAAGCCCAAGGGAAAUUCGACGACGAGAUUUUUUUUUCCAGUCUCCCCAGCCGUGCGACGACCCGACCGGAAGGAGGAGAGGAAGGAGGAGCCCGCCGCCGCCGCCGCCGCCCCCGCCGCCGCCGUUGGUGAGGAGUUUGGUUUCUGAGAGGGGGUGCGAUUGCGAGGGUUACAGGGGAGGAGGGAUUUGGGAUGGCCGACCAGGAUCAUGUGGUGGUUGAUGUGGACGGCUUGGCGAAAUCCAAGGCUGAUGGGGUCGCCGAGAAGACAGUUGAGGGUGUGACCGCCUCGGCGGCUGCUGUGUCUCCGUCCGCGGUCAUUGACGUGGUCGAUGAGGAGGAGGUGGGCGGUGGGGAGGAGGAGCCGCUCAUCCAGGCAGCCGAGUGCCGCAUAUGCCAGGAGGAGGACAGCGUCAAGAACCUCGAGAAGCCGUGCGCUUGCUGCGGCAGCCUCAAGUAUGCUCAUAGAGCUUGUGUUCAACGCUGGUGCAAUGAGAAAGGAGACACUACAUGUGAAAUUUGCCAUCAGGAAUACAAGUCUGGUUACACCGCACCACCUCGUGUUGAACCAGAUGAGACAACCAUAGACAUUGAUGGAGAUUUGAUUAUGGAUUUGCGUGACCCAAGAAUUCUCGCUGUAGCAGCUGCCCAGCGUCGUCUUCUUGAGGCAGAGUAUGAUGGUUAUGGUACUACAGAUGCAAGUGGUGCUGCAUUCUGCCGUUCUGCUGCACUUAUUUUAAUGGCACUGUUGCUGCUCAGGCAUGCAUUAUCCAUCUCAGACAAUGAAGGAAGCGAUGAUGAUGCUUCUACCAUGUUCUCACUUUUCUUGCUGCGAGCUGCUGGGUUUCUGCUGCCGUGCUAUAUCAUGGCGUGGAUCUUCAGUAUUUUGCAUCGCCGGCGUCAAAGACAGGAAGAGGCUGCACUGGCGGCAGCAGAGGUGGCCUUCAUCCUACAGUCAGCCCGGGGACGUGCCCUCCAGUUUGCCAUUGCUCCAGAUUCCCCUGCCACUCCGCAGCAGGAGCAGGAGCCAUCACCGCAGCAACAGCAAUAACUAAUGACGCAGCAACAGUAGUUCAUCACGACUACUGACCAUACCCGUACAUCCCUGGUUGUUUCGUUGUUUAUGCCCACUGAUUGAAGAAGGUUAGGCCAGCUCGGCUUCUGCUGCUUCCUAUUUGCCAAGUAGGAUGCCCCACACACACUUCGAUUCCGCGGAAACUCUCUGUACCUUUGUGUUCGAGCUGAGUGUAAUCGAAGCAUCGAACUUAAUGUAAAUUCGUUUUACAUUCUCCCGUUGAGUUACUAUGACCGGAAUUUGAGUUUUAUUUCAUUCCUUUGGAGGACGUGUCUGAGUAAAGUGACAGGUGCGAUGGUGAUGCAAAAAUAAUUUCUGGUAGAAAUUUGAGUCUAAUUUUCA